AUGAACAGUACCGGUGGCACUAUGAACCCACCACCCCUUGACCUUUACUCAGAUAGCCAAAAGAUGGCAUUGGCUUAUGUGACUUACUUUGUCACUCUGCCCUCGGUGUUUGGUUCCCUGACCAUCAUCUACGUGAUUCUACAUGAUCGACAACAGCUGCGCAAGAGCGUGUACUACCGCUUGAUGUUGGGUUUGAGCACAAUGGAUGCAAUUUGUUCUUUAGGUUUGUUCUCGUUCGGGUCGUGGGCAGUGCCCAAGGGAAGCCAUCUAGCGUUCAACGAGCAAGGCAAUGUGACCACUUGCAACAUUGCAGGCUUUUUUUUGAUAAUGUUGUGCUGUGAUAUGAUGUACAAUGCCUUUCUGGCCAUGUAUCAUGCUCUGGUUGUCAAGUUUCAAGCCACAGAGGAUUUUUUGGCAAAAUGGAUGGAGCCAUUCUUUCAUGUCAUUGCCAUCUUCUUGCCCAUGUCUUUCGCAGUUGCUGGCAUUGCACAGGAGAACAUCAACCCCCUAUUCGGCUUGAGUGGGUAUUGUUUUUAUAUAGAUUCUCCGCCGAAAUGUGCUGACGACAAAGAGAUAGACUGCCUUCGAGGGGAAGGGUUUGACCCCCCCAAGAUCGCUGGCGUUAUGAUCUUCUUUGCAUUCCCCUUCCUGGCCAUUACCGUCAGCAUGGUCCUCAUCACCGUCCACGUGUGGACUGCCGAAAGACGGUUGAGCCGCUACGCUGUUCGGGGAUCGACUAACGCCGCCGCCCAACUGACAAUGACAAAGGCAACUGCGAAACAGGGUCUCCUGUAUAUUGGAAGUUUCUUUCUCGCUUUUAUAUGGAGUGCGAUUGCUAGCUUGUACAAAGCUCCCCCAAUUCCCGAAAAUGCGCGCACUUUCUUUGUCUUGUGCUUCCUGGCCAAAUUCUUUGGACCGCUCAUGGGAGUCUUCAAUGUCUUUAUCUUUUUGCCCUCAAGAUAUGAAAAACUUUCCAAACCAGGGGAAUGUUUGCACUUUGUCAAGCAAUGGACGGGUCGUUGCCAAAGACGCCGAGCCAAAAACCCCUUGAGGGAAACAGCAAGGACGAAAAGCAGCGUGUCGGAGAAUUUUGCCAUGAACGGCAAUGACGAAACGUGUCGGACAGCUACAUGUAGGGAGGAACAAGACAGCACUAAGAUGAUAUUGCCAGAGACUAUCGAUGAGCUUGAUAUGGAAGCGCUCGACAAUGAGCGAGUUGGGGUUGAUCAGGAUGUGGUCCCCAAGCCACCAAGCAGCUCGAAAAGUGUUCAGGGAAGCACCCACAGUCUCACUGGAGGCUCAUUCCACAAGCACACUCAGCACAGCUUGAGAAGUGUUCAGGGAAGGUCCAACAAACACCUCAGUGGAGACUCGUUUCACACGUACACUCCUCACUUUGCUAUGAACCAGAAUGACGAAACGUCUCGGACAGCUACGAGUUGGGAGGAACAAGACAGCUCUAAGAUGGUAUUGCCACUGACUAUCGAUGAGAUUGAUAACGAGUCAUUCCACAAUGAGCAAGUUGUGGUUGAUCAGGAUGUGGUCCCCACACCACCAAGCAGCUUGAGAAGUGUUCAGGGAAGGCCAAACAGUCUCAGUGGAGGCUCAUUUCACAAGUAUACUCGCAGCUUGAGAAGUGUCCUGGGAAGGUCAAACAAAAAACUCAAUGAAGGCUGGUUUCACAAGUAUACUCAGCACUUUGCUAUGCACCUCAAGGAUGAAACUUGCCAGACAGCUGCACCUAGGGAGGAACAAGAAGACGCUAAGAUGGUAUUGCCAGUGAGUAGCGGUGAGAUUGAUAACGAGUUGUUCAACAAUGAGCCGACUGGGGUUGAUCAGGAUGUGUCCCUCAAGAUGGUAUUGCCGGUGACUUACGAUGUGAUUGAUAAGGAAACAUCCGGGACGUUCGACAAUGAGCCGACUGGGGUUGAUCAGAAUGUGUCCCUCAAGAUGGUAUUGCCGGUGACUUCCGAUGUGAUUGAUAACGAAACAUCCGGGAACGAGCCAGCUGGGGUUGAUCGGAAGUCGUUCCCCAAGAUGCUGUUGCCAGUGACUAACGAUGAGAUUGAUAAGGAAGCGUUCCGUAUUGUGCUUCCUGGAGUUAAUCGGGACAUGCCCCCCAAGAUGGUAUUGCCAGUGACUAACGAUGGGAUUGAUAAGGAAGCGUUCGGCAAUGAGCCAGCCGGGGUUGAUUGGUAG